AUGAAGCCAGACGUCACUACAACCGUGGUUUCGCACCCCGAGACCUUCGACAUCGGCCUCAGCCCAACCGGCGAUGCUGGCAGUGCCUUCCAUACCCAGAACGACCCCUCCGCCCCCUAUCAGCGCGAAAACUACAUCGAGCGCAAGACCGCAGUUGACAUUCGUUGCUCCUGCGUCGACGUUGUCCAUGGGCUACUCAGCCCGGACGGUAGUUCUUAUGCAACCCUCAUCGUUCUGCAGUUCCGGUUCGACCCACGCAAGCGUGCCCGUCGCAUUUCCCAAGUCGAUGUCGAGCUUCAAUUCUCUGGUUCUGAGCCCGGUGCAGCAGACCCAGAAGUCUACGCAAUUGCUCCCAAUGAGCACCUCAGUGUUUCCCGCACUACUCAGACUGAAACAACCUCCACUGAGGGCUCACUGACCUUUGGUGCGGGAACUGUCGUCAGCAACUUUGUCGAUGCAAGCAGUACGGUGAAGUAUGGGCAUGACAUUAGCCGCGAGUUGAGCUAUGCUGCGACAGUCGUUGGGUCGAUUGAUCUGCGAGGCCGGAAUUACGGGAAGGCCAAUUGUGCCUCGUGGACGUUGAUUGAGAAUCCCGCGACGAAGACGGGAGUUCCCGCUGCCAUGAGGGCAGCCAUAUUGCUGAAAAGAAAGGACGAAGGGAAGUUCCAGGCCAAUGUCUCCAUUCGGGCAAAGGCAGACUGGAAGACGCAACUUGAGUGGCUGGUGGGGUCGACAAGAGCAGAUGAUCCCGUUCUGUUUGACCCUACUUUGAGUCCCACUAGUGACAAGUACGAUGAUAUGGAGUUGAAGAUGGGUGAUAUUGAUCUCAACGGCAUCUCGGAAAUCGUGGUAGAAAGCGGAAAGACCAUGGCCUAG